AUGAGAGCCUCGUUGGUGGCUAUAAAAGCCACCGAUCAUGCAGUUUUUGUAAAUGGCAAGUUGUGUAAGGACCCGAAGCUUGCCGUUGCAGAAGACUUCUUCCUUCCAGAGCUUAACAUUCCAGGAAAUACAUCAAACCCAGUAGGAUCCAUGGUCACUCCAGCCAAUGUUGAAAAAAUACCAGGGUUGAACACUCUUGGCAUUUCUCUCGUUCGAAUCGACUAUUCACCUUACGGCGGCCUAAACCCUCCUCACACCCACCCUCGUGCCACAGAAAUUCUAGUCGUCGUGGAGGGCACUCUUUACGUCGGCUUCGUUACAUCCAACCCGGAGAACCGUCUCUUCACAAAAGUCCUGUACCCCGGAGAUGUCUUCGUGUUCCCGGUCGGCCUCAUCCACUUCCAGUUCAACAUAGGGCACACCAAUGCAGUUGCCUUUGCUGGUCUCAGUAGCCAAAACCCAGGUGUUAUCACCAUUGCAAAUGCAGUGUUCGGCUCAGACCCGGCAAUCAAUCCCUAUGUUCUUGGCAAGGCCUUCCAGCUCGAUAAGAAUAUCGUUAAGCAACUUCAGUCCCGGUUCUGGUGGGAUAAUAACUAG